AUGAGUAGCCAACCCAUAGCAAACACCUCCAGCAACGGCUGGGUGGUGCAAAAGUUUGGUGGCACCAGCGUGGGAAAGUUUCCCGACAAGAUCGCCACGGAUAUUGUCCGAGCGAGCCUCGCUAAGAACAAGGUCGUUGUCGUCUGCUCGGCAAGAAGCACGGGCAAGAAGGUCGAGGGCACCACCAGCCGACUCCUGGGCGUGUACAACAAGCUCAAAGGCAUCGCAGCUGCCACGAAUACCGAGGAGGUUCAGAAUGACCUCAUGAGCCAGGCCAGAGGUCUAAUUGACGACAUCACUAAUGACCAUGUUUCUGCCGUCAAGACCUUCAUCAAGAACCCAGAACUGCAGGCAUCACUGGACCAAGAGAUCCGGGAUGAGUGCCAAGAACUGGUUGAAUACAUCGUGGCCGCAAGGAGAUUUAACCUCGAAGUGAACGCGAGAUCGAAAGACAGAUGCAUCAGCUUCGGCGAGAAGCUCAGCUGUAGAUUCAUGGCCGCGUUACUGAAAGAUCUGGGUGUCGCUGCAGAAUAUGUGGACCUCAGCGAUGCGUUCCACUAUGAUGCCUCCUCUCGCCUGGAUCAGAGCUUCUACCAAGAGGCGGCCACCGUACUGCGGAAAAAGAUCUCGGCAUGUGAAGACAGAGUGCCGGUCGUUACCGGGUUCUUUGGCAAUGUCCCGGGCAGCCUGAUUGACGGCGACAUUGGCCGUGGCUACACUGACCUCUGCGCAGCCCUUUGCGCAGUCGGCCUCAAGGCGGAUGAGCUGCAGGUGUGGAAGGAAGUUGACGGAAUCUUCACUGCGGACCCCACCAAAGUUCCCACGGCGAGGUUGCUGCAUUCCAUCACCCCGUCCGAGGCGGCGGAGUUGACAUUCUACGGCUCCGAAGUCAUCCACCACCUCACCAUGGACCAGGUCAUCCAUGCGUCGCCCCCUAUUCCCAUCCGCAUCAAGAAUGUCAAGAACCCGAGAGGAGUUGGAACCAUCGUCAUUCCCGACCCCAUUCUCACGGCUGGCCACCAGAUCCAGCGUUCCAAGCCCUCAGAUCCUUCUCUCAUUCAGAAGCCCAAGAGGCCGACAGCCGUCACCAUCAAGGACAAGAUCUCCGUCAUCAACGUCCACUCAAACAAGCGCUCCAUCUCCCAUGGCUUCUUCGCGAGAGUCUUCUCCAUCCUGGACAAGAACCAGAUCUCGGUUGAUCUCAUCUCCACCAGUGAGGUGCAUGUCUCCAUGGCUAUCCACGCUGGAAACUCAGAGGGCGGCAGCUUCGACAGGGCACGGAAGGAGCUGGAAGACUGCGGCGAUGUCAGCGUUCUUCACGACAUGGCUAUCCUGAGUCUGGUCGGUGCGGAAAUGAAGAACAUGAUCGGUAUCGCCGGACGCAUGUUCUCUACACUAGGAGAGCACAAUGUCAACUUGGAGAUGAUUUCGCAAGGUGCCAGCGAGAUCAACAUCUCUUGCGUCAUUGAGGCCCGGGACGCCACCCGCGCCAUGAACAUUCUGCACACAAAUCUGUUUACUUUCCUCGAUUAG